ACCGCGACUGUCUCGCGGCAGUUCCAUUGCAAAGCAGUCAGUACCGCGCCGCGACAAUGCUGACAAUACUCGCGGCCUCAGCCGUACUGCUUACCAGCGCCGCCCUUAUCGGGGGCGAGACCACCCCUCAGAUGGAGUACGACGAAGGUACAUCCGUCGAGGCGAAGUACUCGCUUCCGGCGGUGAACGUCAGCGGUACUGCCGGCAACGGUACCACUUUGGUCAGGGCUAGCCUGGCGAGGGUGCUGGAUUUUUAUAAUACGGAACAGUUGGCCGCGAAUUGGGCGCAAGUAGGGGUCAAGUUGUCCAAGGGGUGCGAAAAGGAUAUGGAGGCGUAUAUUCGGGGGCUGGGCAAGGCGGAGAAUUGGGCGCUUAAAAUGGAUGAUGCAAGCGGGAGGUACUCCACCGGCUGGUUUUGGGGAAACAUCUACUGGACUGGUUCUCAGAGCCUGUGUGAACAUAUUACGCCCAAGAAACAUAUAGUCAUUCAUUCACAGAACCGCUCUCGACCGACGAGAGCCGCAGGCGCGUCGCUGAAACCAGUCAGUCCAAGUGCCCCGAUAGGCUACAAAAAUGAGCCGAUCGUCUACACGAACGGACCCGCUUUUCCUGUGUCAUUCUUCAUGCUGAGGUUGCAUCUGAACUCCAGUUUUACUACUGAGGAGAAAAUUCUACAUCUAGGUCUUUGCCUACCUCACGUUUGUGCCGAAGACGAUGUGAAAAAAAUAGUAGAAGAAACAUCGAAACCCUCGAAAAAAAUCACUGUUAAGGUAGAGGCAGUAAGGUCCGCCCACAAUAAGUAUAAUAUUUGGGGCGACAAGACAUUUUUGGUGCUGUGUGUGACCACAGUGCUUGUGGUGUUCCUUUUGAUUGCCGGUACGUGUUUCGAUUACUACCUAGAGUAUAUAAAAAAGUCAAAAAUGAAAGCUAAAAAUUGCGUGUUUUCUUCGAAGAUCGACAUGACAAUGCCUGAUAGCAAGACGAAAAACGGUAAAUGUGGCUUGUACGUAGUGAACAACAACAACAACAAUGACAUCGACACAAAUUGUAACAAUAAAGAUGAGCACACGCAUCGCAAUACAUUAGAGCUUAAUACUGGUAAUAGUUGUAAUGCUUCUAGAUAUCGUGAACCACUCAUAAGACUGAUUCUAAGAGAAAUGCUCUUGUCUUUUUCUAUUAGAGAAAAUAUGAGACAUAUCUGUGAUCAAACUGUAGGCAGUGACACUUUACCAGUCAUUCAUGGACUUAAAGCUAUCAGUAUGGCUUGGGUUAUACUUGGCCACACUUGCAUCAUUGCUUUCAAAUAUUCAGAUAAUAUGGAAUAUCGAAAAGUGGUCCAAAAGGAAUUCAUGUUCCAAACGAUCUCAAAUGGAACGUACAGCGUUGAUACUUUUUUCUUCACCAGUGGACUUUUGGUGUCAUUUUUGUACUUCAGAACGAACGCCAAAGGAAAAUUAGACCCUCUGAACAAAGGCAACAGUUUCGUCGCUGGAUUUUUACAUUUCAUCGGGUUGAUCAGCUAUAGAUUUGCAAGGUUGACAGUUCCUUAUUUGUUCACCCUGGGCAUAGUAGAAGUUUCCAUGAAAUGGUUCAAUUAUAAUUCAGUAUUUGAGCCACCAACUAUGGACCAUGUGAAUUGUCCAAACUACUGGUGGAGAAACGUGCUCUAUAUUAACACAUUGUUUCCUGUUGACGAGAUGUGUAUGUUGUGGAGUUGGUAUCUCUCAGACGACACACAAUUCUAUGUGAUUGGAGCAAUCAUGCUAAUCUUAGCUACAAGUCACUUUAAAAGCGCCGCAGCUUUGUUGGUAACCUUUAUGUUGAGUUCCUGGAUAACGACAGGCUAUGUCGCGUUCAGCAACAGUCAUCUACCAGGAUCUGAUGAUCCGUUAGCCCUUUUUGAUAAAAUCUACGACAAACCCUGGACCAGGCUGGGACCCUAUCUCAUCGGAAUGUGUACCGGAUGGAUUUUGUUUAAGAAGAACUGCAGGAUUAAUUUCACAAAGCUGGCUUUGGCAGCUGGUUGGACAGCAUCUUUCUCAGUUCUCCUGGCUCUAGUCUACGGUCUCUACAACACACGAUUGUCUGCAUGGUCUGGAGCUGCCUACAGCGCGAUGAGCCAUUCUGCAUGGGCCAUGGGCCUGUCUUGGAUCGUCAUAGCUUGUGUUACAGGCUAUGGAGGUGUCGUGAACAAAAUUCUCUCAGCUACGAUUCUCUACCCGUUCAGCAGAGUGACUUACUGUGCAUACCUUCUCCAUCCGAUUGCGAUCAGAGUGAUGGUCAUGAGUAUGGACAGUCCUCUCCAUCUGGGCAGCAUCGUCACAGUGAUCAUCUACCUGGGACAAAUUGUUGCCUCGUAUUUCCUCUCUUUCUUCGUUUCUUUGGCGUUCGAAGCGCCGGUAGUGUCGAUGUUGAGGAUCAUCACCAAGGUAUUCGCUUUGAAGAAGAACCAAAAUGCGACUACUGUGACCACGUGAUAGAUGAUUUUUGUUAUCUAAGCUUGCAGAAAACUGGGGCACUCCUUUUCAGAGCAAUUGCGUUUGAAAUGAUGUGCGGUGGAACAGCAGCAAAAACGUAAAACAACAAAUGUUAGGCAAAAGGGACUCGUUAUAGGUGAAGUCGCAUGGGCCCAUAACCUCCAAAACGCGAUUUAGCACCACUAGCAUCCUGAAUACCAAAAAUGUAACCAAACAGCAAGGCUACACGUUUUACUGUCAACAUGGGCCCAUAACCUCCAAAACGUGUCUUAGCACCACUGGCGUCCAAAAUCAAACAAAAAGAAAACGUUAGCAAAGAGCAAGAUCACGUUUACUUGAUGAAAACGUUAUAGUUAUAGCUUUUGGUGAAGAACCACACGGUUUACUUAGGUAUCGAACAUUAAAAUUUUACUUACCUUAUCCGGCUCAAAUCGGCGUCAAUUCUGGAAGUCAUGAAUAAUAACUCGGGCCUACUAAAUAAAAAAAGCUACGCUGAGUUUAUAAGUCAAAAAUAAAUACCGAUGUCUGUCAUAUUUGUGAGAGGAAAAAAUAUCCUUUACUAAAAGUCAGUACUCGGCAGAUUUCACUCGAUUUUUUUCUUGCAAAUGUUAGGCAAAAGGGACUCGUUAUAGAAGUCGCAUGGGCCCAUAACCUCCAAAACGCGAUUUGUCACCACUAGCAUCCUGAAUACCAAAAAUGUAACCAAACAGCAAGGCUACACGUUUUAUUGUCAACAUGGGCCCAUAACCUCCAAAACGUGUCUUAGCACCACUAGCGUCCAAAAUCAAACAAAAAAAAACGUUAGCAAAGAGCAAGAUCACGUUUACUUUAUGAAAACGUUAUAGUUAUAGCUUUUGGUGAAGAACCACACGGUUUACCUAGGUAUCGAACAUUACAUUUUUUCAACCUUUUCCGGCUUAAGCAUCAAUUCUAGAAGUCAUGAAAAACAACUCAGGAAUAAAAAAACCAAUGCCGAGUUCCGAUGUCUGUCAUAUUUGUUCAGAGGUAAAAAUACAGGCAAAAUAUAGUGAGACUUUUUAUUCUUUUUGUGCGUUUUCUCUAAGAUUUGUCCACCAAAAAUCAUAGUCGGAACCUUUUUUUAUUCUAUGGAUUUUCUCAAUGCUAUCACUGAAUUCACCAUUUCAACUCACAAAGUUUGAUGAAAAAAGCUGUGAUUAUUGUUUUUUACGUAAGUUUUAGUAGUAGUAGUUUAUCUAAGUUUAGUUUAUCAAUGAAAAUAAGUGUUAAAAUUGGUUUUGUUUUUUCAAGACUCAAUGAAAAUGUUGAGAUACAAAUAGGCAUUAGAUUAGGUAGUUGCAAUUUUUGUAUAUAGUUAGUCGAUAGUUUUUUUUACUUCUUUAAGCCAAAGGCAUUAUCAGCGUUGUGUAUAUUUUUCAGCAUCUAUUUAUUUAUAAAUAAAAGCACUUUACGUACAAA